UUCACAAACGUGGACACGCGUGAAUCUUGCGCGAGGUGACGUGCCCCGUCCCGCCCCGCGUCGCUCGCCAGCGCACUGCGUCGCGGAGACCGCGGCGGGGAAGUUACGCGUUUCCUAGUUGGGAUUUAUGGAAUACCGCUGACCCAGAUAAUAGAUGAAUGUGUAAGUAGUGGACUCGGCUCGUGGAGCGCGUGUUAGACGAGACGGACGCGGGGAUGGUUCGUCGAACGCGGACGUUCCCGGUUGCCGUCUUACCUGCGCAGCCAGCAUGGUGGAUUACGGAGUCCCAGAUGCGCCGGAAUCACUAGACUCACAGAGAGGCGCCCCGGUUCACAUGGAGCCGCUGGCGUUGGGCGCCUUGCUCGAAUGUCCCCUGUGCUUCGCGCAGCUGGACGCGUCCGCCAAGGUGCUGCCCUGCCAGCACACCUUCUGCACGCGCUGCCUGCAGAGGGAGGAGGCCGCCGGCCCCCCGCUGCUCUGCCCCGAGUGCCGCGCCGCCGUCCCCGUCAGGACGGUGGGGGAGCUCCCUGCGAACCUCCUGCUGGUGCAGAUCCUGGAGGGGCUGCAGCGCUUCACGGGGCCCGGCGGGGGCGGCGGGGGCGGGGGCGGGGGCAGGCACGCGGCUCCCCUCCCGGUGCCCGUGGCCGCGGGAGGCUCGUCGGUCAGGGAGAGUCAACACAGAGACAAACAAGGGCACGAUGAGCUGGUGCCGGCAGAACCGGGCCCGAGGGGCGACGACAGGCGGCGCCAGAGGAACGCGGGUGACGGCGCCCAGGAGCCGGCCCUGUGCCGGGCGCUGUACGACUUCAACACGGGCGAGAUCAACGUGGAGGACGGCAAAUACUUCCUCCGCUUCUUCAAGGGCGACGUCCUCACCGUCAUCAGGAAGCUGGAUGAACACUGGAUCGAAGCCAAGCUAGGGGACGCCGUUGGAAUCUGCCCUCAGCAGUUCACAGAGCCAAACUCAGCGGCUGCCAAACUGCUGGAGGGAAAGAGUCGGAGGGCGAGUGACUCAACAGAAUUUCAGCGUCGGAGCAGGAGCGGGGGCAAAGACAAGGCCGCUGACGCACCCGGCGGAUCCAGGACCGCCCAUUACGGAGUCCCUCAAGUCCCGGCCAAGGCAGCCAUCAUCAAUUAUUUGCCCCUCUCCAGUCAGGGGAAGCAAUCCGCAGCCGGCGCUGGCAAAUCCUGCCCGACCCUCGGCGCUAUCAAUAGCCUCAACCGCCAGGGGCGGCCCCGCCGCCUCUCCGUGACCUCGGGCGUCCGGGAGUCCUCCCAGAACCCCCAGCGCAGCCGCCGCUCCACUUACAGCGCGCAGCGACACCUGCUCCAGCGGGAGAAGAGGAUGACCGGCGAGCCCCCCCCCGCCAUCGCCAUGGCUCUGGUGAACCCUCAGAUGUCUUCUGCUUCCGAGGAGCUCCGAAACGCCUCCACGCAGCAGCUCUCCAUCAGCGUGUGCGGCGUGCUGUAUUCGUACAAACCCCGGCGGCCGGAGGAGCUGGAGCUGAGGAGAGGAGAGAUGGUGGGUGUGUACGGACAGUUCAAAGACGGCUGGCUGCGAGGGUUAUCGCUCAGAACAGGCAAAGUGGGCAUAUUGCCUAGCAACUACAUCACACCUGUGCUCAAAACCUCAGGGCGGCUCCUGGAGACCAAAGCAGCUAACGCGUCCUCACAACACAACUCAGCAGCUGUGAGGAAACCUGCAGCUGCCAGGAAUCCUGCUGUGGUCCUCGCUCUGGAUAGGGUGAACACUGAUGGGACCACGUUCCCAACAGGACAGGGCCCAUCUGUGCCCAAUGGAGCCCAGCACGCAAUGUCAUCAGCUGCUACUGGGAGGUCUGCCUUUUAUCGGGGUGCACAAGGUUGGGACACUGUGAGGCGUAUCUUUAACCCACAGAAAAGCUCAAACCAUUUCGCCCACACAUCCAACCUCAACAUCCCGUCCAACUCGCAGCACUUUGCCCAGGUUCAGGUGUCCGGCUACUCCCCUGCGAUGCAGCGGAAGAAAAAGAGCAGCAUCAUGUUCAACUCCGGCAGAACGCUGGGCUGGAUGACUGAGCCCGCAGCGCCCUCUGCUGGCGCCGUCACGAAGGACCACGACUUCACUGCUUCACGGGAGACAUUUCCUGCCAACGGGCCUCAGUCGAUACUAGUCAGACCUGAUCCUUAUAAGAGCAAUGCAGACAAGCCUGUGAAGACAGUGCGCUUUCUCACAGAGGAAGACUCCCCUCCUCCAAGACUUCGGACCUCCUCCUGGUCAUCAGGAAGUCAGGUGUCCUCUAACAGCCGGCCCGGUCCUCUUCCGUUGGAGGUGUGGGCCCCCUCUCUGACCUUGGGUAGAGAUGGACCAGGGAUCAUUCUUAAAGAGGGGAAAGCUCCUGUUCUGAGAAAAGGCCUUGAAGCAGCCGUCUCCGAUCUGAACUCUAACCUGCCAAAGCCGUUAGUGUCGUCCCAGCCGUCCCUAUCAGCUGUAUCAGCUCAGUUCAGCCCCGUCAGACAUCGAGUGGGCACAACGCAUUUAGCCCAGACAGAUUCAGAACUCAGUCUGCUUCAAGGGGAGCUUGUCCUCGUCCACAGGCCUCGUCCUGAUGGGCGGAUUCUGGUUACUCAGGAGAUCAGUGGGCAGACAGGGUUAUUCCACAGCAGUGUGCUUCAGGCCCUGGAGAGGCUCAGCUGACUGUGUAGGGCCACUCUAGUAGUGUAUAUUUUUAUAUCCCACAUCAUCAAACUGCCAAAAGACUUCACUGACCUGAACAACAGCGUUCCUGUUGGGGUCCAAAGAGUUCUACUGCCAAAUGUCAGUCCUAUAAGAGGAACGAGAGUGUGGUUAAAUCCUUCAUCCAUAUAUUUUUGUCCUUCUAAGUGUGUGCAUGUUUGUGACACGUGCUAUUCUAAGGUUUUGCACAAAAAUCCAUGUAAUGACUUUCCCUUGUUUAAUACCCAUGUAAUACACAUUAGUGAGUGCCUUUGUCAGAACCAACACAUAAACUAUAUUUAAAUGCAUUUAGAAAAAUUAUGAGGUAAAAUGUCUGUACUGUUUAUGUGUUAAUAAAUAUACUUUACGAGUCA